AUGCUUUUCCUUCUCAAAUGCAUCAACGAAGAGUGCGGCAAAAUCGCGCCGAGAGAUGCGAGUUGGAGAAAAUCAAAAGUCAUCCUCAACGCGGACAUUUGUAAGAAGUGCUUCGACGAAGAGGUGAGGGCGUUGAGACCCGACGACGAUUCAGACGAUUUAGACGAGGAGGAAGAAACGAAGGGCAAUGAGAACAACAACAACAACAACAACAACAAAACGGAUAAAUCGGAGGCCGUGCACGACCUAAACAAAGAAAGAGCCAAAGCGAAAAGCGAAAAGCGAAAAGAAAUAGCCAAAUUAGGAAUGAAAUCGUGCGCCGCGUGCGCUUCGAAGGAAACCACCGCGGGGUGGUAUCGCUCGCACGUCAAAAAAGGAGUGUAUUUGUGCCAUCGAUGUUACUAUCGCGAACGGACGAUGUUGAGCAUAAAAGUGUGCGUGGCGUGUUCCACCGAUCGAACGAGCGGGAGUUGGUUGAAGAGUAAAACCACCCAAGGCGGAUAUUUGUGCGUGAAUUGUUAUUACAAAGAGCUGGUGGCGUUGAGUGGGAAGCACUGCGGAACGUGCGAAAGUAAAACGACGAGCUCGAUAUGGUACAAUGAUAAAGAGCGCGCUGGAAAAUACUUGUGCGCAAAGUGCUACGCGAGGCAGUGGAAGAAGAUAAAGGAAAGGAGAAAAAUAGAGGCGGAAGAAGCGAAGAAGAUACAACAACAAGAACAAAAGCAAGAACAACACGAACGCGAACACGAACACGAACAUGAACAACAACAACCGAGAAAAAAGAGAGUGAGAGAAUGA